AGAUAAACUUAGUAAGCCAAUAAAGUAUGUACGCCGUUUAUUCAGCUUAGUCUUUUUUAUUUUUAUUUACAUUGUUGUCUGAAAUGAGUUAAAAGUAGCAAUUUGUCGGUUUUUACCACCGUAAGGGAAGUUCUUAAUUAAAAAAAAAAAACCAAAAAGUUUGAUACACUUGUUUGUGACGCAUCAUGUCGGAGAGUUCAUCUUCAUGCAUUGACUACGAGUCGAUUCCAGCCAUCGCUCUGAACUACAGCGUGAGAAAAAGACUGGCUUUGUAUUUAAACCCCACGAACACGGUGGCAGCAGACUGGACCGAAAUCGCCGAGAAAAUGGAGUUCACCUACCUGGAGAUUAAAAACUACGAGAAGAGAGAGAACCCCACCCGGAAGCUGCUGGAGGAAUGGCAGACCCGAGCUGGGGCCACGGUGGGCAAACUGCUGUCCUUCCUGGAGCAGGCAGAGAGGAAAGACAUCAUCUUAGACCUGCAGCAACUUAUAGAUGACGACUGCAGGAAGUAUUUAGAGAGGCAAAAGGAGCUUCCUGUUCAGGUGCCCGAGGUUGACAGCGGGCACCAGGAUCGAGGCAUCACUGUAAAUGAUGGUCACGUGCCGGAGAUGUUCGACGCUUUCAUUUGCUACUGUCAGAACGACUUCCAGUUUGUCCAUGAGAUGAUCAGACAGCUGGAGCAGACCGACUACAACCUGAAGCUGUGCGUGUUUGACCGUGACGUCCUGCCCGGGACGUGUGUGUGGACCAUCACCAGCGAGCUCAUCGAGAUAAGGUGCAAGAGGAUGGUGGUCGUCAUUUCUGAUGAUUACCUGGACAGCGAUGCUUGUGACUUCCAGACUAAAUUCGCCCUCAGUCUUUGCCCAGGGGCUCGGACCAAACGGCUGAUUCCUGUGGUCUACAAGCCCAUGAAGAAGCCCUUUCCCAGCAUUCUGCGUUUCCUGACCGUGUGUGACUACACCAGGCCGUGUACACAGUCCUGGUUCUGGGUUCGACUGGCCAAAGCCCUUUCCCUUCCCUGAACACGGGUACAUCCAGCUCGCUGAGUGACACAACUGUCAUUAAUGUUUACAUGCACUGCUGCACGUCCUGGUCAUUUCUGGUUUCAGUUGUUACACAAUUAAUAAUCCGUUUCAGUAAUAAUAAUAAUCAGUAGAUGCAGAGCCUGGUUCUUUUGCUGCAAAAGUCACAGCUGUUGCCAAAUUGAUGCCUUAUUUUAGAGUGGUGUUGUUAUUGCAAAAAAUGAUGUUCAGUUCAACUAAAUGGUCGAUAUACAGUCGUGAAAAAAUAAGUACACCCCAUGAAAAUUGUUGGCUUAUUUGAUGUAUUUGGACAAGCAAACGUUUGAUCAUCUUCGAAACAGCGCCUGUUAAUGAAGUUGAUAUGCUUGAACAAAAACGGGAAAAUUUGCUUUUUCAAUCAUUUAUUCAACGGAAAUAUCAAUAGAUAUAGUGAGAUUCUUCUGUAGGAAAAGUAAGUACACACUUGGCCUCAGAAGCUAGUACUGCCCCCUUUAGCAGAAUUAACCACUUGUAGGCGUUUUGCAUAACUGUCCACCAGGCUUGCUGGGAUUUUUGACCACUCUUCCAUACAGUAUUCUUUGCUCUGACCCACAACAUUUCAAUGGGAUUCAAAUCCGGGCUUUGACUAGGACAUUUCAUAACCUGCCAUUUCUUCUUUCUGAGACAUUCCUUGGUGGAUUUGCUAGUGUGCUUCGGAUCAUUUUCCUGUUGAAAGGUCCACUUUCGGUUCAACUUUCAGACAGAUGGCCUCACAUUAUCUCAAGCACUCUUUGAUAUGAUGCAGAAUUCAUGGUUGAAUCAAUAAAUGCAAGCUGUUCAGUCCCUGAGGCAGCGAAGCGACCCCAAACCAUAACAUUUCCACCACCGUGCUUCACAUUCGGUAUGAGGUGCUUCUCCUGAAAAGCUGUCUUUUCUCUGCGCCAAACAUAUCUGCUGUUACUGUGGCCAAACAACUCUAUCUUCGAGCCAUCUGUCCAGAGAACAUUAUUCCAAAAGGUCACAUUUGUACAAUCUCUUUCUGAUUGUAGCAGCAUGCACUUUGACACUAGCAGUUGCAAGAUUUACUAGCAGAUCCUGUGAUGAAAUGUUGGGGUUCUUGGAGACUUCUUUUUGCAUCAGACGGUAUGCUCUUGGGCUGAAUUGGCCGGGAUGGCCAGUCGUUUGAAAUCUGCGUUAUUUGUAGAUAAUUUUCCUUACUGUUGAAUGAUGUAUUUCAAAUAAUUUGGAGAUCUUUUUAAAUCCCUUGCCAGACUCAUUCAUAGGCAUCCACAACCAUUUUUUCUGAAGGCCUUAAAGAACCCUUUAGGUCUUGGCAUGAUGACACGACACACAAAUAUUUUGAGCAUUAAACACAUAUGGAUAGUGCAUUUGUGGUCAAAAGUAUGUGGACACCUAUACGAGCUUGUCGGACAUCCCAAUCCCCAAACCAUAGACGUUAAUCCGGCGUCCUGUAGAAAGUCACUCAGCUCUUCAGUACGACCCAUUCCGCUGCCAAUCAUUAGGAGGCGUGUCCACAUACUUUUGGUGAUUUUAUGUUGAGUGCAAUGCAAUGUUUCGUUUGUUUGACUUGACUUGAGGGAAGAAAUGGGAGGAAAUAGCUUAAGAUUCUACUACAAUUAUGUAUGAGAUAAUAUAUUAGUAUAUUAUAUUUUUACAGCAUAUUUAAACCUCAAAUAUUAUUCCUUCAACAUUAGACAAUUGUAUUGUAUUUUUCUCCACACAUCAGUAAGAAUAUGAAAUAUGUUUUCUGGAAAAUACCGGGUUACAGAAUACUUGUCCAACAUCCCUGCCAGAGUAUGAGUGUAAAACUUCCUAAAUGUUUUAUAGUGAUAAAUAGCAGAAAAUAUGAUGCUUCAUUACAAAAUGUGACUCGGCGCUGAUUUAUGGUUUAUGCAUUAUUUAUAAGAAUCUGUAUGAUUUCAGAACUUUUUUUUGCUUCUCACAUUUUUUUUAAUGGCUUUUUGGCAGCUGCGUGUUGUCACAGUGAUAUUUCACACGGUUUUAGUCAAAGACUUUCAUCUGUUACUUGUACUGCGCGAUGCUUAUUACUUCUCACUGGAUCUUUUUCAUUUUCAUGAUUUCUCAUGAAUCGAUGUGAAUCAAUGUACCCAAAGAUCACUGCACGUCCCAGGCUCAAAAAACGAUCAUUAAUAUUGACAAUCAUGCAUUUCACACUAAGAUACUAUAUUAUUGUAUAGAAAAUAAAUAAGAAAUUAAAUGACUUCUUCUUGUCUUUCAGCGCUGAUACAAAGAAUGUGCGUGAUUAUCAGUGUACUCUGGCAAAGCUCUGUUUUAUUUGUUGGGUUUUUUUUUUUUUUUUUUUUUUUUAAACUUUACAUUGAUAAGAAAUAUUUUAUGGAUUUUGUACUCUGUGUAACUGGAUCCUUUCUUAAUAAAUAAGUGUUGUACAAA